CGGGUCUGCCGGCUAGGGGAGGGCGCGGCGGCGGCAGCCUGAUCCCGCGGGAGGAAGCGGCGCCCGGAGCUGGCACCAUGAACCGCUUCAAGGCGUCCCGGUUCCGGCACGCGGCGGUCAAGCCGGCCCGCAAGGAGGCCUGGAUCAGGGAUGUCCGAGCCGGCGCCUCCACCUCCUGUGGGAACCACCUCAAGUCCAGCUGCCGCUUGAUCGCCUUCAGUGCUGACUCAGCAGGGGUCUUGGGCAUCGUGCCGCUGGAGAGCGGGGACGGAGGGAAGAGGGCCGUGUCCCAGCUGUGCUGUCAUUCAGACGCGGUGACUGACUUUGACUUCUCUCCGUUCGACGCGCUGCUGCUGGCGACGGGCUCCGCUGACCAGACCGUGAGUGUCGAGGAAACGGGGCUGGGGGUGUGUGUGUCAGCCCAGCCGGGCGAGGCAGCGCUGGGGUCACGUCCGGGCUGUCCCUUUCGGAGAGCUGGGCCCGGCCUGGCCCCUUUCUGGCUGAGCGAGGGGCCUGGGAACGUCGGACGGAGCUGCUCAGAGGGGGGCGCUCGGCCGUCAGGGCUACAAGAAGGACGAAGCCCGGCCUUCCGCGCCGUCCCUGGGCCAGCCGCACUUCUGAGGCAGCUGGGCCAGUCUCUGCUCUACACGUUCUGGGGCAGGAAGGGUGCGCUGAAGGGAAAGGGCUGGGAUUGCACACGAGGCACCGGGCACCCCACUCUGGCCCUGCCUGGGGGGCCCAAGUCCAGGCGACUGGCUGAGCCCUUGCUGCCGGCGUCCUGUGCACUGGAACCUCAUGGUGACCUGAUCCAGAGCACGGCCUGGAAACAAGAUGGCUCCCUCCUCGGCACUGCCUCGAAGGUGAGCGCAGCGGGCGGGCGAGGAACCCGGGGCGAUUUCCUGGUGGGGGCUCCGGGCCCCGGCCCAACCGUGUGA